AUAUUAUUGCCUGGGUGUUCUUUGCCUUUUCUUUUGGACAAGUAUUAACACGUCUUUAUGUCAUUACGUUUAUUUGGUAGGCCAAUUUGGCGUACAUCUUCUCUUCGUUAUACUUUGCGCAGUUCUCGGUACAUUUCUCAAACUCACAAAUCUCCGCCAUUUCCUACCAUACCAAAAUGCCCCUCACCAACAUGUUCUUGCGCAGAGAACCCCGAGAUGCCAGAAGGCUUCGAGAUAGACCAUUCGAAGCCACUCAAUGGAACAAUGGCCGCAUAUGCUGAACAAGUCCUGAUAUGCACGGGGAAGCCAGAUUGGCCUUCUCGUAUCGAGGAAGAAAAUUCCGGGGAUAAUCUCGCUGCGGACAUUAAGGAGUUGAUGGGCCGCGGCGGAAUGUAUAGUGAUCCUUACAACAACGUUGCUGUUACAAAUUCAUCCUUUCCUUCUACCGUUGCCUCACAUCGACCCGAAAUCAUAACGACUUCUGCCUAUAUAGUCCCAUCCUUCAAAUAUAUACCUUUUCUCCCGCGAGUAUCGUUCGAUUCUGUUCAAGCUUUGGUGAAAGGAUAUUUACUUCCUACGAAACUACAUCCCGCACACGAUAACCUAUCUCCGAUACAUAAAGACCGCUUGCUGCGAAGUAAAGAACAGGCAGAUUUUCUACCCGCCGUGAAAGACGUGAAAGAUACAUUAGUAUUGAUCUGCGGACACGGAGGACGAGAUGUCAGAUGUGGAAUUCUAGCUCCAAUCUUGCAAACUGAAUUUGAAAGAGCCCUAUCAGCGAAAGAUGUACAGGUCUUGCACGGUGCGGUGGAAGUAGGUGACGGGAGCUCUACAGAACGAUUAGAAGGGCCAAUCGAAGCAGUUGGAAAUACUGCAAGAAUCGGGUCUAUAAGUCAUAUUGGAGGACAUAAGUUUGCUGGGAACGUUAUAUUGUAUAUUCCACCUCAUACAAAGACGAAAGAUGGUGAAGCUCAUCCAUUAGCCGGGUGUGGGAUCUGGUAUGGGAGAGUAGAACCAAAACACGUAGAAGGGAUUGUGCAGGCGACAUUAUUAGAAGGGAAGGUCGUAGAAGAGUUGUUCCGCGGUGGCAUUAAACAAGGUGGUGAAAUCUUGAGGAUAUAAACUUCUCUAAUUCCAAUGGGAGCCAAAUGUAACAACACAGUGUGAAGUGACCCUGUCGACGGAGUGGUAAGGCAUUGACCCAAACAUUGUCGAAGAUAGACAAUGGACUGCAACAACAAGAAUUGGAUUCAGAAAAUAUCUCCACGGUGGGAAAAGUUCCAAGGCAUAAUUGAAAUCAUUGCAACGGAGAGCUGUAAAGUCUCAACCUGGAGAGGCGGCCCAGGGAGGCAAAGUGUCCACAUGCUGAUCGUAUUACCAAGCCCGAUACAAUGCGCGGAAAUCACUCAUGCAUUGGCUGUGCGUGGCGACGAAGGUGAAAUGUUUCCGGUGUGAUAUUCAUCGUGAAGAUCGAAUUUUUAGAGCCUGCAAGAAAAUCAUCGUGUCGAGGUUUUUACUGCAAGUUUUGGCAUGAUGGAGGGAGGGAGGGCCUCCUUGUUAGGCUAAAUUUUGUGGUUAUAUGGUUAUGGUUAUACGGUGGAAUGUGUGGUGAUAUAGUUUGAAUGUUGGAUUUGUAUUAGACAAUGAGAUUCUUAAUAUAAAAGAAUAGAAGGGCUUUAAAGUAAUAUAAAUACUAAAUAUAAAGAGAUUAAUAUUCGUAUAUAGUAAUGAAUUAUAGUGAUU